GGUGAUUAGCAGCGUAUUCAAACUCAACUUUGUUUUCGUUUAGCCUUCCAAUUGUGACAUUGAUUACAUUUCGUUCUCUUCGAUUAGUUAUUUUUCUUCGCGAGCGAAAAGUUGUCGAUGGUCAAAAAAAUGGCGAAAUUGGGAAUUGGGUAGAAUUUCCGAAUUUGCAAAGUUUUCGCUGAAUCGCGAAAACGUUUUUGCAGAUUGGCAGAUUAUAGAUUUUUACGCAAGAAACCAUCAUAAAAGUGAUGAAAAAUUCAAAGACGCGUUUCAAAUAAUCAACCAAGUUGGAAAGGUUUCAACUAAAACAAGUCUAUUCAUAUACAUAAUGCCACCAAAAGGUUGGAGAAAAAGUGCAGAUGGUUCCUACCCACUUCCUUCAAAGGAAAGAGAUCUGAUCUCUAUUGAUGAUAUAUUGUUUCCAAAAGCCACUGUCAAUAGAUUAGCCAGAGCUAUUCUUGAAGAAGGUCAUCUCAUAUCAAAAGAUAGCUCAACGGCUAUACAAAGAAGUGCUACAGUGUUUGUCAGUUAUUUACUAGUGCAUGCAAGAGAACACGCUAGAAAAUUUGAUAGAAGAACGAUAGGGCCUCAAGAUAUAACAAAUGCUCUUGUCGCUGCUGAAUUUUCAUCAUUUCUACCAACGGUGAAGCAAGAAUUGGAUACAUAUCAAGCUAAUAAAGAUGCAUUGAAGCAAAAGAGAAAAGAAGCUAAAGAAAAAGAAGGAGCUGCCACUGGAAAUGAAACAAUAGAUGAAAACGAUAAAGAAGAAGUUAAUAACGAUGGAAAUGACGACGAUGAUGACAAUGAAAGCCUAGAACAGUUGGAUGAAGGCGAAUUUGAACAACCAGUCUCCAAGAAGAUAAAAGCCCUUGCAAAUGGCUCGAGGGAGGACACGGUUAGUGAGCCUGAGACUGAUCAGAACUAA